UCCCCAGCUAACAAGUCUUCUAAGCCCCUUCCUUCACUUUUGAUACGAAUGAAUUUCAAGAAUACCUACAGUUUUGUGCCAUUUGGUUGAAUGUGAUGGUUGUGUUCGAAUGUUACUAAGGCAGGCUAUUUAAGCAAAGUUCAAAAUUUCCGUCGUAUGAAAUUCAAAAUUAGUUUAGUCUUCAUUUGGGCACCACCACCACCACCACCGCCAUCAACGAAGUUGAUAUCAGCAACUUCAUAUCCACAUCAGCAUCCUGAUCGAUCCUUUAAAGAAAAGCCACUUGUUUCUACCAUCUGAUGAUCUUUGAGAUUUGCCUGCGGUUCCAUUUGAUGCGACAGAUCCAAGUUCACAUAUCCUUUCUGGUCAACCAACUGGCACCAUUCGAAGAGUCCUCCAUUGGAGAGAUAUCCAACUAAAUCAUCCCAUUGCCGAAGCUUUGGGUAACCUAAACAGACAAUCCUAAGAGGGAUUCCCUGAAUGUCUGGAUCGAGGCGAAGCCGCAGUAUGUUGGGCUACUACGAAUACUUCAUGCCCGGGAUCUAUGACUAUCCGGUGACGCACAGUGCCGCGGCUACAUUCAGUGCCUACAAUAUGGAUCCCAUCCUGGCCAGCGGCUCAUCGCCAUGGUCGAUUCCCAGUGCCACCUAUGUGGCAGGACCAUUGGGCGUCAUAAACUACCUGUCGGAUGUGCAAUCGCACUUGGCUCUGCCCAUCAGCCAGAACCUGGGAACCGGUCUGAUCUACACGGCCAUCGGUUCCAAUAACCUGGAUUCCUAUCCUCAUCACUCGCUCCAUGACUACGGGCAAAUGGAGGAGGAUGAGGGGUACGGGUAUGAGGACACUCAGCUGGAUCUCUGCCUGGCUCAUUUGAUUUCCGAUUCCGAUGGGGAAGAGGAGCAAGUGGAGGAAUCCGAUGUUGAUCAGUCGGGCGAUUCCCAGAGCUCCUCAAAGAGUUACUCAUCUGUGGAGAUCACCGAGCAGUCGGGAUCAGGGGAAUCGGUGAAAGCUGAGGAGGUGCCCAGAAGGCAAAGAAAGUCUUCGCGUAGGCGCAUCUACGAGGCUGAGCAGGGUUACCUGGUGGAGGAACCCUCCAGUGAACUAUCCGAGGAGGAUCCCGAGGAACUGCCACCCAAAUCUAGGACAUAGAUCUUCAUUCAGCCGCUUGUUGACGUUUCUAUUUCCGAUUUACUUUUCCAUUGAUUGCGUUGCGUUCAAAUUCGAGCAGUUGCAAAUCAACUUAAGACCGAUUUCCAGAUUCGUGUUCAGAAGUAUAGCUUACGCAUUAUCUGUAUGCAAGUAUGUAGAAUUGUACAAGCUGUUCAAAUUUGAUUUAUCGUUGCAAUUUGAUAGUGAGCAAAUAUAUAUAUCUUUUAUAACAAA